AUGACAGCACAGAAAAAAACAUUGUGAAUCAUUUCUUUACAAAAUCACAACAAAUUCAUUGGUUGAUCAAAGGCAUCGGUAGCACUGCACCAUGGGGAACAAGCAAGUUAAGCAACAUUUUGAAACAGCGAAGAAAACGGGGGUGCUAAAGAUCUCUUUGUUGCGCCUGGAUGAAUUCCCUUCGGCACUGAAAACAUUCCCGAACGUACUGAAGACACUUGAUAUUUCUGAAAAUCGAUUCAGUGUUUUGCCGGACGACAUAGCUAAAUUUACACUCCUGAAGCACCUAAACGCCAGUGGAAACAAAAUAGCCUCGGUACCCGAAUGCAUCGGUUUGCUGGUAAAGCUGGAAACCUUAAACAUGAUGAACAAUCUGCUUACCAGCGUACCGAGGAGCCUUGCAUCCUGCACUCAUCUCAAGCAAGUUAUUCUCAGCAACAAUCAGAUCAAUGCGUUCCCAACGGUGUUUUGCGAAUUGAAACAACUAGACCUGCUUGACCUCUCGCGGAACAAAAUAACUGAAAUACCACCGGAGGUGAAAUCGCUGCAAGUGACGGAGCUAAACCUGAACCAAAACCAAAUCACCAUUGUCGCGGAGGAGAUUGCCGACUGCCCGAAACUGAAAACCUUGCGACUGGAGGAAAACUGUCUCCAAAUAUCGGCAAUCCAUCCGAAAAUUCUCAUGGAAUCCAAAGUGUGUAACCUUUGCAUCGAUGGGAAUUUGUUCAACUCGAAACAGUUCACGGAGCUACAAGGAUAUGAUGCGUACAUGGAACGAUAUACUGCAGUUAGGAAAAAGAUUUCGUAAGAUUAUUCUCUUGUAGUUUAUUUAAAACAUGUUUGUUGCACGAGGAUUUACGUUUCCUUCACCGUUUUUGAACGAAUUUCAAGCAACGAUAUUCUUAUACACUGUUUGUGAAAAGAUUCUUAUUUUUAUUCGUUUUAUAAGGCAUUGCUAGCGAAAUAAACACAUCUUAUUACCCAUAGUAUA